AUGGCAGCAAAGGCCAACCUGCGAGAUGAUCGCAGCCCUUUCGGGAAAGAGCCUCAAGACUCUGAUCGCGGUCGGUUCCUCAAGACAACUGAGAACCUCCUGCACUAUGAUGCACAGGUAACUUCGUACCGGACCAUUGGCACUAUUCUGGAGCCUUUGCGUCAACUGUUCUCACCAGCCAAUGCCGUUCACCGCGUUGAGAGCCUCACACGAGGCACACCUCAAUUCUUACGCGACGCCUUUCUUCCAGUCGAUUACCCCGACUCCGUCUCGCCUGACUACAUCAAAUACCAGAUGUACGACUCGUUCCAGGCUUUCUUCUCUACCAUCACCGGGAUGCUCGCCAACCGCGCCAUUCUGGAGGGUCUGGGUGUCGGCGAUGCGUCCGGUUCGGUCAACCACGCCUUGCUUCUGACAUGUCUCAAGGAUGGUGUGUCGCGUCUCGCCACGAUCACCUUCGCCUAUCGAUUCGGCUCUGUGAUCGAAGCGAAUGCCAAGAAGUAUCGUUUCCUCGCCGAUUUAUUCAAUGACACGGCUUUCUUUCUGGAGCUAGCCAACCCUUUCUUCGCCGGCUGGGCCAAGAUCCUCAUCCUCGUCAGUGCCGAGUCACUCCGUGCCCUUUGCGGCAUCGCUGCUGGCGCCAGCAAGGCCGCCCUCUCGACCCAUUUCGCUCGGCGAAACAACCUUGCUGAGCUCAAUACGAAGGAAGCCAGCCAAGAGACGGCUAUUGGUCUCAUCGGCCUCCUCGCUGGCACCGCCAUCAUUCACUAUGUUCAGAAUCGUGGGGCAGUGUUUUUCCUGACGAUUUUUCUUGUCUUUAUUCAUCUGGGCAUGAACUACCUUGGCGUUUGCGCCUUGCAGCUUGACACCGUCAAUCGACAGCGAGCUACGAUUGUUAUGCAGCACUAUCUCCGCACGCAGGAAGUCUUGACUCCGGCUGAAGCAUCCAAGAAGGAGAACAUUAUCUUUUGGCGCCCUCAUAUCGCAGAUGAGCACAACAAGACAGUGGCUUACGUUCGCUUCGAUAACAACCCAAAGGUCUCAUUCAAUGCGUUGCCCACUAGUCCGAAAGAUGCCUUCCGCAUCCAUAUCAAUCGGCAUGCGCGGUGCCCGGAUGUCCGCAUCUUCGUUUGGAAUCAACAUGCUGACCACAUGACAUCGUUCCACGCUUGGUACUUGGCUCUUCGGUUUGCCUUGUGCUCACAGGCCGAUGAGCACAAGAUCCUUCACGAAGAGAAGGAGACCGAAGCUCUUUUCGAACGAAUGCGCGCUGUUGGCUGGCGCUUCCCUGAGCAGGGCCUCGAGACGGUUGACUUGAAGUGGGAGCCCUUCUCAGUGGUUGCUGAAGAGAAGCGUAAAGAUUUGUGA